AUGUUGUCCAUUUAUGAUGGUUACGACACCAACGACUUCUACUGCAAAGGUUCCUCCGACCCAUCCAUUGAUAUUGGUGUGCGUUACUAUCCAGAUCGUGACCAAUGGAGCCCAAUCUUUGAUCCUUGUGUGGUGCCCAAUGAUGGUGCUGUUGGCAACAAAGGCCCAGUCAAUCCUGUUGGCCACAAAGGCCCGGUUGAUGUUAAACUUACUGUGGAGGAAAAGGAGAAAGCUCCGGCUGAGGCCACUGUUGAUCCAGCCUCGAUCAAAACCAUUAUUCCGUCUGAGCUGGCUUGCUCAGCUUUGUUGGUCUACAUCCCAAAGGGGAUGGAGAUUGUUGAGACCAGGACCCACUACUUUCCCUUAAAGGAUAAAUGGCAUGCGAUUAACGACCCUUCUCGCCACUACAAUUGUCUGCAUCCAUUUGUCACUGUCCCUUGGAACGUUCAUGACCCCGAGCUUCCUCCUGGCCUUCCAGUUCCGUUCCUUCAAACUCUGAACCUUCCUGUCCCGGCUCCUUCUCAUCCGCUGUUGACCUCUAACUCUGAAUCCUCGUCCAACAACUUGGAUGCCUCGUCCACCUAUCCGCCAAUCUCGGCCUAUAUCAGCUUGAAUCACCAAGGAGUCCAAAAACUCCUCCUCAAUGACAACACCCCACCAACCGCCGUCUGUAUUUACACAGAGGAAGAUGUUAUGCGCUGGGCCAGCUACGCUAACCGUAGCGUUAGCGUGGCGUAG